CUUACCAAGGAAGCAGUUUGUGGCAUCAGCAAGCAGUCCCACUGUGUUACCCCCGCUGCCAUCAAUCCCUGACUUAAUCUACACUAAGCAAAAUGGAGACGGCUGCCAUCCAAGGAAACUCAUCGUCUCACAGCUCGGUCAACACAGAGCUCCUCUCUCAGACUGGCUACACAGUACUGGCCGUUAUCAUGGGUGUGUUUUCUAUAGCGGGGAUCAUCCUCAAUGUCCUAGUGAUCGUGGUGACAGUGAGGCACAGACAACUAAGGCAGCCACUCAGCUACGCCCUGGUUAACCUGGCCAUAUGUGACCUGGGCUGUGCUGUGUUUGGAGGUCUGCCCACCACAGUAACCAGUGCCAUGGGAUACUUCAGCCUGGGACGCGUGGGCUGUGUGUUAGAGGGCUUUGCUGUUGCCUUUUUUGGUAUCGCAAGUCUGUGUACAAUAGGAGUCAUUUCUGUUGAACGCUACAUAGUCGUGUGUUAUCCCAUGGGUGCUGUGCUGUUUCAGACCAGACACGCAGUUGCCGGAGUGGCGCUGUCCUGGGUGUGGUCGUUUGUUUGGAACACUCCACCUCUGUUUGGUUGGGGAAGUUACGAGCUGGAGGGAGUGAAGACUUCCUGCGCCCCUAACUGGUACAGCCGGGAUACUGGGAACAUGUCCUACAUCAUCAUAUACUUUUUCCUUUGCUUUGCUGUGCCCUUCUCCAUCAUCAUGGUGUCCUACUCAAGACUCUUGUGGACCCUUCGUCAGGUGACCAAGCUGCAGGUAUCGGAGGCUGGCAGCACAAAUCGUGUGGAGGUGCAGGUGGCACGUAUGGUAGUGGUGAUGGUGGUGGCCUUCCUAGUCACCUGGCUGCCAUAUGCCGCCAUGGCCUCUGCUGUCGUCAUAGACUCCAGUCUAUAUAUUGACCCCAUUAUCGCUACCAUACCUGUUUAUUUGGCUAAAAGCAGCACAGUCUACAACCCCAUCAUAUACGUUUUCAUGAACAGACAGUUUCGAGAAUACGCUGUUCCUACCGUCCUGUGUGGAUUGAACCCGUGGGCUUCAGACCCACAAAUGUCUGAGGGUGAGACCACUGUUGCCACUCUCAACAAGGGCCAAAAAGUCCCACCUUAAGAAUCUUUAAAAGAAUAAAAGUAUGUAUGAAUGCCCAUGGUCUCAGUCCCAAAGAACCAAAUCAUCUGAAUUACUUUCAACCAUCCCCCUCUGUACUGGAAUGCAAGGAAAGAUUAAUUUUACAACUUAAAAAUAUCUAUCCACGACUGAGAUAUGGAUGCUAGGAAUGAUGGAUGCUAUAAAUUCUGUAUGGUCCUGUUUAAAAAACAAAAAUAUUGAAGCAGCUUUGAAAAAGGAAGAAGGAAACCAUCAUCAGAUGCGACUUCCUAUGUGCUCAGACAUGUCUGUCUGAAGCUGUCACAACU